ACGACAUGUGACGAACGCCUACCACUCAGUGAGGACCAGACAGUGUGUUGUCGUGGUUAGUCUAUCUAAAGAUCGCUCUUCAUGUUUUAUAGGGGUGUCAGAAAGUUCCAGCGGAGAUGCUGUAUGAUAACUAUCAAACAUGCUUUAAUCGUCUUCUUUGUGGGAAUGUUUGUGGUGUUAACAUCCGCAUGGAUGCUAAAUACUGAAAUACCAGCACCGUUAACUCCCGCACCUGUGAUUGGAGCUCCGUUAAUUGUUCCUAAACGGAUCUUCUCCCGACCGAAAUGGGACUUCACACUAAAGAGGAUAUGUAGAAAUCCACCAGCAGACUCUAUACAGCAGGAAAACUUGACAAUGGAACAUCAGCUACCAAGCCAUACACACCUUUGUUCGUUACCUGUUCCUCAAAUAGAACGUACCUACGCAUGGUAUUUCAACAACAUCCAGACUAUCUGUGGUCACCUGAAGCGCUUUGGGAAGGUCAAUGACGGCGGAUGGGAUGUUUGUUUGGAGAAGAACCUUGUACAAAAAAAUAAUUGUCUGGUGUAUUCAUUUGGAAUUGAUUUCGACUUCAGUUUUGACGAUCAAAUCUCUGAAGAGUGGGGAUGCACGGUUCAUUCGUUCGACCCGAGCAUGAACACACCCAGCUAUCGACGGAGCUCCAAAGUGUUUUUUCACAACAUUGGACUGUCGAAUUUUAAUGGGACAACACCGGACGCCAAUUGGACAAUGUUGACAUUCCAGGGACUGAGACAAAGACUUCACCACCAGAAGGUCCUUCCAGAUGUCAUCAAGAUGGACAUAGAAGAUUGGGAAUGGCAUGUUAUACCGGAAAUGUUGUCAUCCAAAUCUCUGAACGGCAUAAAACAGUUUCUGGUGGAAUUUCACUUCUCCAACAUACCAGAAGCGGAUUCAGAAGGCUUUUGGAUAUCAAAAUUAUUUCUUAUAAAAGAAAUAUACGCAAUGGGAUUUCGAAUGACUUGGGCGACAAGGAACCUACUGAAUGUUUGGAGGUCUCGUGUUACAGGAAAAGACAUCAUUGGUUGCUUCGAAGUGACGUUUAUACGGCGAUUGUGAGAAAAUGGAGAUAUGCUUUUUAACCAUUGCUUAUCAUAAAUAAGAGUGACCUAUGUUUCAUCGUGGCUAGACGGUCACUCUUUACGCUAAGACUUUAAAAAGGAAAGCACAUACAAUGUGUUGAUGUUCAAAACAUAAAUAGUACUCCCAGUAUUCGGAAUUAUUCUCCAAGGAUCAUCAUUCAGUUGACGAAAUUAUCAUCGACAUUGUAUUGCAUAAAUGUAUAUUUUUACUAAUUGAAGUGAUAAGUGCGUUCAGUGGGUGCCAUUUAAACACUUCUUUUGUAAAACAGUUUAUCUGAUUGGUUUGAAAAAAAUAUUGCUCAGGGGCUUAAUCGAAGUGACUCUUUUAUAUUUUCGCAUUUCGUCACAGGGACUUGGGAAUUAAUGACACACUUCUGUGACUGAAAUACAUGGAGAAAUCGGUUAAAACCCCGUGAAAUUUUACAAAGCCAUGAAAUUCCUAUGAAAAAAAGGACUUUUUCUCUAUUGCUGGCAUUAGAGAAAGAAAAAAAAUAUAAUUCAAAAUAUAAUAUAAUCUAAAAUACAACCCCGUAGAUUUAAGAGCAUACUUCAUUUAACACCCGAGAUUGAUUAUAUGUGACACAUUAUAUAUACAAAGGGGCAAUUACAUACAACAGGACAAUUCAACAUAACAAAAUUUAUGAGGACAGUUUUGGACUAGGCAAACAUUUAACGGGACAAAAUUUAUCAUAAUACAAAUCAAUUAGGACAAUUUUAGACUCGACAAACAUGUACCUGGACAACAUGUAACACAAUACACAUCAAUUAGGACAAUUCUGGUCUCGACAAACAUGCACCUGGGCAACAUUUAACACAAUACACAUCAAUUAGGACAAUUCUGGACUCGACAAGCAUGCACCCGGGCAACAUUUAACACAAUACACAUCAAUUAGGACAAUUCUGGUCUCGACAAACAUGUACCUGCACAAUAUGUUACACGGUACACAUCAAUUAGGACAAUUCUGGUCUCGAAAAAACAUGUACCUGGACAAUAUUUUUAACACAAUACACAUCAAUUAGUUCAUAUUUAAGUAUUUAUCAGUCUGAACGGAACUUUAUAAUCAUUGCAUUUAAAGCGAAAGAUUCCAAUUCAGUAACAAUUUAAGCUGCUGAAGAAUACGUUUUGUGUAACUCUUUAUUACAUACACUGAUGUACAUAUCUAACUAAACAAUCAAUAACAUUUCUGUAUCAAAUUUUACCAGAUAACAGUACACAACAGUAUUAUUGUGCUGAAAAUCGCAGUCAGUUUGGCAAGUAUGACGCCACUAAAAUAUUGUCGUCAUUGUUAUUCUGAAAUGCAAUAGAUAGACCAUUUAAUGGUUUUCGUUGGCAGAACAGAGAUAUAUUCACACGUGCCUCGCAAUCUUGUAAAACAAAUAUUGCUUUUCUGCCAUAACCGUGAAAUAAACAUAGCAUUCAACAAAAAUCCAUUAAAUAUCCUCUAUAAAUCUAUAAAGUACAUUUACACUUCAAAACAUAAUUUAGAUAUGCUUUUUAAGAUAUUUUAUAUAACAUAUAAUAAAUAUUGCAUAUUUUAAGAGACAUCAUACAUAAUAUAAGUUAAAUAUUGUAUAGUUAAAAAUUAUACGAGCCUUUCAUAUUCAUAGUAUACCAAUAGGGUUCAUAAAUGUUGAUAUGGUUUGCCAUGUGAUAGGGUUUACACAGAUACAGCAUAUACUUAUACUGUUGGCAUCUCAUCGUAUUGCUUUUAUCGUAGACCUGUGUAACAAGUUCUGCCUAUAGGUUUUGGUAUAGAUAAUUAAGAUAAUUAACUUAGUCAUUCCUUUUGUUUUAAUGUUUCUUGUAAUUGUUGCUGUCUUGUAGCGAUAGUGAUGUUCUGUUGUGUAAAUGGCCAUUGUGAUGUAACGAAAUGUGGCCUUGGGCGUUGACGAGGGGUCAUUUGCAACAUGGUCAAUUAACGCUGUGUCCUUGUGUGUUGUCAGUGUCGUUUUAAUUGUGUUGACGCUUCGGUGUAUUUUGCCAUUUGUCUUGUCGCUGUGGUGGUCCUUGUGCCUUGACUGUGUGAUAUGCCUAAUAUGUCUGACUUAAUGAAGCUAGUUUCCUAAUCGUCAUACAUAAAAAAGCUUGUUUGAUUCUUUUAUGCUUCUAUCAUAGCAGUUACAUUGUACAGGCCGACACGAACAGGAAACACUGACAGGAAACAACAACAAAAGAAAAGACACAGUGAAGACCCAAUCAUUCUUCCACAUGCGAUCUAAUCACGUGUGCUUGCGACCAGUGGUGUUUAUCUUGCUUAAAACAUCCUCCAAAAAAGUUGUAACAAAGAACUUUUGCGUGCCAUUUUUAAUAGUUUGUUAUCUAUAAACGGAUAGUUUUAGUGUAUUGUAUUUUACCGCGUUAUAUUGUGUAUGAUUAGUCAUACCUGCAUAGAAAAAAUACUUUCAUGAUUUUUCCCCAUUUAUAUGUAUUUGUUGUGUGAUACUAUAUAACACUUAAACAAUAACUGAUUGGUUGAGUUUUGAUAUUGAUACGAACCCUCCUCGUUAAUGUAAUGUAUAGCAUUUAGUCAGUGCGUGCUUUUACACUGAUAAACAUAAAAUCAUGUUUAUGUGUCAACAAUAUUAACAUAAGUGUCGAUUAUUAAAUAUUACAUGUUUACAACUUUGUACAUAAUGUGCGAGACAUAUCAAUACAAAUUAAUUGGAAACCAAAAUAUUUUAUUGAAAUAAAAGCGCAUUUUCUGAUGUUGAACUAGGAAAUGAAUUCGGUAAUAAUGAUACCAUAUAUCAAACAUAUUUUUAUUCUGGUGUUAUAAGAUACGAGUGACUUCCCUUUAAUUCCAAAAUAAAAAUGUGUUAUUCCUUUUACGAAUGUAAAAAUAAUACAGAAGUGUGCAGUAUUCUAUUAUCGGUUUAACUCUAACUCAUUACUAUAAGUAGAUGUACUUCACCUGAUGGGUAUUCUUUGUUUCAGAUAUUGUUUUGCUUUCACCUUACUGAAUUACGUUAAUAAACGAUAUUUGAUUUGA